GGUAAUUGUAAGGGGCCUGUGAUUUAUCUAGUGGUGAGAGAUUGUGUGGCAAAACUGUGUGAUUGUGUUGUUUGUGGGUGUGGGUGUUUCUCGCGUUUGUGAGAGUGUUUGAUGUAGUGCACAGAUAACGUUCCUUAGCAUGAGCGUUCCUCGGCGGUGUUUGCUGGGCUGUCCGCCCGAGCAAACCACGUUGUUUAACAUCCCGGCGACUCCCGGCAUUCGUGCCUGCUGGUUCGAGUUCCUGCAUUUUGACGAGAGAGGGCUGACGAAGAGAGACCGGGUUUGCGCUAGACAUUUCACCGAGUCCAGCUUCACCAACUAUGGGCAGUAUUCUGCAGGACUGGCGAAGGACCUGAUCCUCAAGGACACUGCAGUGCCGAAGGUGUACACUGUUGGGACACAAUCUUCUAAAAUACCAACGAGAGAUGUCGCCUGCCAGUACAGCCCGACUCAAAGGGACGUUUUCAUUCAGACCUCAAAGAGCUCCAUUCCAACAAAAAGCAGUACCCAUAGUAAAGCUAGCCACUCAGUGGCUGUGCGCUGCUCAAUAGCCGAGUUCACUGAGCUGGGGCUUACAUCAAGACCAAUCAGAAGUAAAAGAAAAAGAGUACAGUUGGAGGAGUUGAGCACAGAAUCCAACAACGCACGACUUGACGCGAACGCAAAAUCACUUCCUGUUUCCUCGCUACUCACGGCCCAGGACAUUUCUCCACAAGCGACUUCAAAACCUCUCCAUGCACCGAUGGAAGCUUACUCCACCGACCGAUGCCACACUCCCGGAGACCCCACACAGAGCUCUGUGCAGAACGUGUUAAGACGUAAAAAGCGGCGCUUGUUGAUGACGUCUGCAGAUGAGAUAGCCCCGGUCUUAAAGAAAGUCCAAAUGAUGGAUGAAUCUAGUGAGCCAGAUCAGCACAGGGAUUCAGAUGACAACUGGGAGCCAGAGGACGAGUCUUUGAUUUUGGAUUCUGAUGACAGCUGGGAGCCAGAGGACGAGUCUUUGAUUUUGGAUUCUGAUGACAGCUGGGAGCCAGAGGACGAGUCUUUGAUUUUGGAUUCUGAUGAGGAUUAUAUUUCUUCUGACGAAGACACGGAUGAUUCUGCUCCCAAACACAAGGAGCUCUGCACAGAAU